CUCUCUCACUCUGCCACUCAACAAUAAAAGGGACCUCUUCCCUUUCCCACUUUGUCUUUCCUUCUCGUUUUUAGCCUUUUCGCUUCUCAACACCUCUCUCCCUCUAGAUUGAGACGUCACAUAACACACCUCUCUUUCCUUCUUUAGCACUCUUCUUUCUUCUUCUUCUCCCUUUUAUUAUUAUUAUUAUUAUUAUUAUAUAUAUAAGUCAGAAACUCUCACACACAUACACACACAGAAGAAAAACAAGAACUAAAGGAUCACAUAUAAUAAUAUAAAAAAAAUAUGGGGUUCUCUUAUCUGGGUUUUCUUGUAAUGGUUUGUUGUUUACAACUUGUGGUUCUUGUUUCUGGGUCAACCAAGAAUUUGCCAAUUAUCAACUUUGAUGAAGGGUAUACUCAUCUCUUUGGUGAGGAUAAUCUGGCUGUAGUUAGAGAUGGCAAAUCGGUUCAUCUUUCUCUGGAUGAAAGGACAGGCUCUGGAUUUGUGUCACAGGACCUUUAUCUUCAUGGCUUUUUCAGUGCUUCCAUUAAGUUGCCUGCUGAUUACACUGCUGGUGUUGUUGUUGCGUUCUAUAUGUCGAAUGGUGAUAUGUUUGAGAAGAACCAUGAUGAAAUCGAUUUUGAGUUUUUGGGUAACAUCAGAGGCAAAGAUUGGAGGAUUCAGACCAAUAUUUAUGGCAAUGGAAGUACCAACAUUGGCAGAGAAGAGAGAUACAAUCUCUGGUUCGACCCCGCAGAAGAUUACCAUCAGUACAGCAUUCUCUGGACUGAUUCUCAGAUCAUAUUUUAUGUAGACAAUGUUCCCAUUAGAGAGUUUAAGAGAACAGAAUCUAUGGGUGGUGACUUCCCCUCUAAGCCAAUGACUUUGUAUGCUACAAUAUGGGAUGGUUCUGAUUGGGCUACCAAUGGAGGCAAAUACAGAGUAAACUACAAAUAUGCCCCCUACAUUGCGGAGUUCUCCGAUCUUGUCCUUCACGGCUGUGCCGUUGAUCCCAUUGAACAUAUGGCAAGGUGUGACAAUGCUGAAGGUACAGAAGGAAUUCCUACUGGUGUCACACGGGUGCAAAGAAUUAAAAUGGAGGGUUUUAGAAAGAAGCACAUGACAUAUUCUUAUUGCUAUGAUCACAUUCGGUAUAAAGUUCCCCCAUCUGAGUGUGUGAUUAAUCCCCUAGAAGCAGAGAGACUCAGGACAUUUGACCCUGUUACAUUUGGAAAUGGCCGACGCCACCAUAGUAAACGACACCACCAUAGCCGAACAAGCCAGGCCAAGGUUACUUCUUCCAUUUGAGAAGGCUGCUGCAACAUUUAUUAUGUCAUGCGGACAUUAUUGUCAUCUUGAUUCCCUUUCUGCUUCAUAUAGCUGGGUCAGUUUUUUUGUGUAUAGAGAGAGCAUAGGUUUAUUGAUGGUGAUAAAGAGUAUUAUAUGGUUCAUGGUGGUGGGUAUGUAUGUGUAUAGUUCAUACCUUUAGGUUCUCCCAGUUAUUUUAUCAUUGAUGAUGGAUGUCUUUACAAAUUGAAUUUGGAAAUGAUUUCUGUAACUUAAUAGACACACCCCUCAUGGGUUCAAUAAAUAUUUAGUAUAUGGAGUUACUAUUA